AUGUUUGUCGAUCAUAACGUGCAAUUAUGCCGGCGAUUAGGCGACGAAGAGUGUGAAGCAUGCAUGGGUAUCGUCAGUCAUGAUGACGAAGCCUUUCAUCUUCAUCCGGUCAACCAGAAAAAUAAUCAACCCGGAAACGGUCCCAUAACACUUGACCGUAUUCUCUCUCAAGACUUUGAAGAUCCUUUUUCGCGGCGCCAACGCUACCAGAUUGCUCUCCUUGUAGCUUCAUCGGUAGCACAACUUCAGUCUACACCCUGGCUACGGACAGGCCUUUGCAAAGAAGACGUCAUCUUCCUUCCAUUUCAAGAGAACAACGAAUUGCUUCCAUACGGCAAACCUUUCAUCCAACAGGAUCAUGCUGUAUGCAAAAAUCAUCCACCAAAUAUCAACGCCGCCACUAAACAUGCCUUUGAUGUCAUGGCCGGAUUGAAGUGGUCACGCAGCGUAAGCGACGAGGGUGGAGAGGAUUAUGCGACAGCUAUCAAGUGGUGCUUUACGGGUGUAACAGACAAAGAAAAGAACUGGAGGGGCGAAAUCGUCAGAAAUGUGAUACAACCGUUAGAGAAAUGUAUGGAGCACUUCCAAAAUAUUGCUGUAGUUGCAUGA